AUGAAUUUACCGAAGCCCUUAAUGCGUCCUCCAUUAAAGGCGGUGCGACCGCAAAUGGUCGCCAUUUUGUUUUUAUUUGUCACGUGGUCAACUUAUUGUACAGGAUGUGAUCUGGACACGGCUGUUUAUAAAGUUACAGUGAAAUUUUUAUGGAGUGAGACAAACUUUCCUAAAGAUUAUCCUUUGAAUCAACCUAAAGCACAGUGGUCUCCUUUAUUUGGGCAAUCUCACAACUCUUCGUAUCAUCUUUAUCAUGUGGGUGAUGUCGCGAGUGAGGCGAUGCGCAAUUUCGCUCUUUUCGGUAAACCCGAGGAAUUGCUGAAUCAAGGUGAUGGUGAUGAAAGGGUCUACGAUCAGUUUCUUGCACCAGCUGUUGGUGAUGGCACGGGUGAAACUGGAAAUAUAGUGUUUUUGGAAGGAAAGUACAGCUUGAUAUCAGUGGCGUGUCGACUAAUACCGUCUCCAGAUUGGUUCAUUGGUGUUGACAGCUUGGAACUCUGCGUGGAUUCUUCUUGGGUGGAUCAAAUCACACUUGAUCUCGAGCCUCUAGAUGUCGGAGCGGCCAGCGGUUUAUCUUUCACGGCACCUCACUGGGAAUCUUUUGAACCUGUCAGCAAACAUAGACCACAACAACCUAAUCACCCAUCUGCUGCUUUCUACUAUCCAGAUCUACGUGAACUUCCACCUAUAGCAAAGAUUGAGUUUUUGAAGAUAAAGGAGUAUUCAAUAAGAGAACAAAACGACAUGAUCCGUGAAGAAUUAUUAAAUAAUAUAAAGAUGAAAGAAAAGUCUAUGAACUCACCCAGAAGAAAAGUAAAUUUAGUAGAAAAUUAUGUUAGAGAUUAUACAACAAGAAACUAUGCAGAUUUAAAAGAUUUGGAAGAAGAUGAAGUUGCACAUCCAGUCUCGAAACAGGAUGAUAACAAUGUGAUUGUUGUAACAAAAUCUCCUUUUAUAGAAAAUUCAAAGGAUUAUGGUGAUUUAAGCAGCAAUGAUGACUUGGUGCUAGCUGUAGCAAAUGGCAGACGACUUGGAUUGGGGCGGCAUCUUCCUCGACAUUUCAGAUCUCGUCUUCACCAUGCAGUUAAUAAGUUACAGCCUCAAGAUUGCCUCGUCUCUGAUUGGGGGAGCUGGUCAUCAUGUUCAGUAACUUGCGGUGUUGGUGAUCAAUAUAGAAGCAGAUAUGUCAUCAGGAAGAAUACGAAAGACGGGAGAGAAUGUCCACCCUUAGCUGAUGUAAGACGAUGCAAAAGUUUCAACUCUUGUACCCGCGGCGAUGGCUACUGA